UGCAUCGCCUCUUUGGCUGUCGUCAACUAUAUCAAUAGCUCUUUUAUUGGGCCAGACUCGAAUUACCCCUAUUCCCAUAGUACAUAAAGCUGUCUGGCAAUCAUACCAUACCUCUGGCAUCAGUAAUCAAUCAAGUGGCCGGCUUAUUCUUCUUAUCCGUCUGAGUCUCUAGAAGCCAGUUUCAACAUCUUAUUUAUCUUUAUUUGGCAGCGUAAGAAGGUCUAUGGACUCAGGAAAUGAUGCCUCAUCUGCGGCAGCCUCUGAGGCUGGACCACAAGUCAAGGUAAGUAGCUCUCGGCCAGGUUGCUCAUGUACAGUUGCGGAAAUGGAACUGGAGGGGCUCGGGUCUACCUGAUGGGCUCAUGCCAACGCUCGCUCACUAGUUCAUCGCUGGUGAUAUAUGUCGACUCAAGUCCAACCCUUCUAUGAUAGGGCGGGUCUGCGUAAGUAGAGUGGAUACGUUCUCACAUUCUGGACUGAUGCUGCGAGUAGAGAAGCCCUCAUGAUGUAUGUUGCCUGGUUUUCGUAUCCAACCCAUCAACAAUACCACGUAUUGACAUUAUCGAAGCUAGAAGAGCCGGAACUGCUGGGCGAGCUUUUGACCGGCACAUAUGACGGCGUGCCAGAAGAGGACGUUGAUAUUUUUAUUACUACAUCAACGAUUCUAAUAAAUCAUAAGCCCCCGGAAGGUUACGUUUUCGUGAUCUAUAUUCAGCCCUCGCAUGGUAGCUCUCUUAUUCAUGAAAAUGACCUCGAACUCGUUGACCGUGUCUACGAGCUUGGUGAGACGGUGAAACACAAUCUCAGUGAAAAUGACACAAUGAGUGGCACGAUUAUUGGUGUGUCCAGGAGAUGUACUCUUGAGCCAAUUAUCUAUCAGCCACGCGACCCUAUAACAGGAGACUAUCUUCCAGUGAGGUUCACCGAGAAACCCUACAAGGGAUACGAGGCAUCUUCUGCAUCUGAGGAAGCAGGCCCUUUCUUGCUCUACGAUGUUCCACAAUCGGACCUAAGGGGCCAGGAACAGUUCUCGGAAGGUGAUUAUAUCAUAUACCGCCAGAAGUUGGGACUUGUCCAGGAGGUUGAACACGAUGUCAUUCUCCUCCUCCCAGACUCGAGAGUUGUGUCACCUCUUGACCCCUACGCCCUAGAGCUUCCCAUCUCGGACCCUGCUUGCGCCAUAUCGUCGGUAGACCUAAAGAGCCGCGAUGUAGGGGAUGGAAAGUAUGUGUGGACUACGGGAACUGAUUCAAUCUACCCUGGGCAAUCAGUCUUCACUGAAAGAUUGAAUCUCAGCAGAGCCGAUCGUCCACUCGGAGCCCAGAGAUCAGUAGUUCAGGGCUAUGUGCUGGCGACGCCUGCAGAGAGAAUCCACGUACAUUGGCUGUGUUCCAACGUGUUUGCUGAUGGACGUUCAUAUUAUGUUUCUACUGAGGAGGUGCUGAGAGCAUCCACCUUGCAGCAAGACGCCAUAAGAUGCAAUUUCGUGCGAUCUCCAAACCAGGACUCUUUGGCAGGGGGUUGUGAUCCGAUGUUUGAUGUCGGGUCCUAUGUCCGGUUUCAUAACCCAGCACACGCCCAAGUGAAGUAUCCUGGACUUUGGCAGGUUCCAUCACAUCAGAGUUUUGGGUAUGACUUGAAUAUUUUUCGAAUUGUCUCGGCCAAAACACAGGUCACCGUACAGUGGCAGAACGGAAGCUGUACUACCGAAACUGCCACUUCUCUUCUACCGAGUGACGCAGGCGGAGACGAGCUAUAUCCUGGAGAUAUGGUUGCCUUGAAAGACAGCGUCAGUGUUAUAAACUUUCAUACUGCAAACAGGCGAAUAGUGUCACGUCUCGCUCGUGGCCGCUUUAACGAGACACUGCGUAUCCAACAACUUGGUAUCGUUCACACAUUUGACAGCCGAGAACGGAUAGCGUCCGUCCGCUGGUAUCAGGAUACGGAUAUUGAGUUAAUCAAUGGUGGCAAUUCGCUUAACCCUAGCUGUUCUUUAGGUAGAUUGGGCGAUACAAUCACGGAUGUGUCUGUCUAUGAACUUACCACAUUUCCCGCUCUGAGCAAGAAUCUGGGAGAUUAUGUUGUUGUUGCCCCGGCGUCUAUUAGUCAAUCGGUUAUGUCUUCAAUACCGCACGAUAUACCUAAGGUGAAUGAGCCGCGCCGCAUACACUCCAUUGCUGCUGAUGCGUUUCUCGACCCGUCAUCGUAUCUGCAGUCAAUAAAAUCCGCACUCAUCUCCUCUGAGUGGUUUAAGAAUACGACUACUGUACAAGUGCCUUCACUGCGUCGGCGGUACAGCAUUCAAAAUAGUGAUGCGGCACCUCUAAACGACUUUUUCGGCAAGAUAGUCGCGAAGGAUACUAGCGGCAAUAUCACCGUUCGAUUCCCAGGCCCCAGCGGCUGUCGUGAUAUUCAGGUUCCUUUUGAGAGAAUUCUGGUAGUUAUCACUUCCGCUGAGUCAGUCACUCCAAACGUGCAGGAUCAUUCCUCGCCCUAUCUGAACGAAGAUACUCUCGCUGGUGCCACCGCCAACGGGUGUAUUGUGAAAGAUGAUAACCACGGCUUCCCUAACUGUAAUGAGCUUGUCACUUCACAAGAGGGCGAGCUCAAGAUUGGGACAAUAGAACGUGGGUUGGUAAUGACAGUGUCGGAAACUUGUUUGGAAAGUCCAAUGCCUGACGACGGAGAGAUUGCUGUUGAUGGCACGCCUACCCCAGCACCUACAAAAUCCGGCUUGCCAGCCAUUCUUAGCUUUCCCGUGCCGACGCUGUCUCCUCCAGGCUUCACCGUGCUAGAAGACCUACCUCCCGUUGACCAUCACUUCAUAAACCAGAAUCACGCUGGCUCGUCCACGGAACGGAUGAAGCGAAUUCGCAAAGAGUUUGCGAUCCUCGAAUCUUCGUUACCGUCCGGCAUCUUUGUCCGAUCAUGGGAAUCUAGAAUAGAUCUUUUACGAAUAUUGUUUAUCGGUGCCGAAAGCACUCCAUAUGAGCAUGCGCCAUAUGUGGUUGACAUGCACUUUCCUUCAGACUUCCCUCAUUCACCCCCAUCAGCAUUCUUUCAUUCUUGGGGGUCUGGUGAAGGCUCUAUCAACCCGAACUUGUCCGAAGAUGGCAAUAUCUGUCUCAGCCUUCUUGGGACAUGGCCAACUCGGGACCUUGACGAGAGAUGGUCGCCAGCAAGGUCCACUGUAUUGCAGUUGCUGGUCUCUAUAAUGGGGUUGAUCCUUGUGCAGGAUCCAUUUUACAGUGAGUUCCCGCCAUUCCUUCAUCUAUCGACUCAUACUCAGACUCUUUCAGACGAGGCGGGCUAUGAAAGUCUCGCUGCCAAAGGCAGCAGGACGAUUGAAUCGUCCCAGUACAAAGAGAAGGUGUUCCUCCUGACCCGCCGCUUCAUUAUACAUGCUCUUGAACAUCCCAUCCGUGGCCUUGAGGAUGUCCUCGUCUGGAAUUACCUCCCUGGACUACCCUCUCCACGUCCACAACUAUUACGCAAAGCCAUCCAAGAAGCGCGAGUAAUGAUUGAGCAUCAUAACCGCACUUCAGAAUCCCACCAGGACUCUAAGGCGUCUGCUUUCUGCUCCCGUCUCAGCCAAGGCGCUACUGUGCUGUUACAGAAACUCGUUAGUGCUUUGGAAAGGUUGGAAACAGAUCUCAAAGCACGGGUGGUCUCAAAGGUAACUGCUUCGCAAGGAUCCGACCGGUUUAUACUUUAGACUCAUGUGUGAUUA